AUGGGAGGUCCCGCAGGUGUUGUCGCAGCCAGUGGCAGUGAGGUUUACAAGAGCCUUCGCAACAAUGUCAACCCCAAAUGGAUUCAGGAUCCUGGUCUUCGCAAACUCAAUUUCGGUGUCGCUACUAUGUUUGCUUCCGCCGCAGCCAAUGGUUAUGAUGGUUCUCUCAUCAAUGGAUUGCUCGCCAUUCCCUAUUUCAACACCAAUCUUGGUGACCCCAGCUCAAGCCUUCUUGGUUUGACUCUUGCGGGUAUCAGUCUUGGUGGUCUUCCUUCUUUCAUCCCGGCAUCAUAUGUCAGUGAUUAUAUGGGACGUCGUUUUACCGUCUUCAUUGGUUCAUUCAUCAUGUUGGCUGCCGCUGUCAUUCAGUGUGCAACUUCUGGUGUCUACGCUUUUCUCGGUACCCGCAUCAUGCUCGGUGUCGGACUUGGAUUCUCGCAAACUGCCGCUCCCCCUCUCACUACUGAGAUCGCUCACCCCAAGCAUAGAGCCAAUGUCACCAACCUCUUCCAGGCUACGUGGUAUUGGGGAGCAAUUCUUAGUGCAUCUAUCCCGCUUGGAACUCUCUUCCUGGACAACAGCUGGAGUUGGCGAAUUCCUUGUCUCCUUCAGGGCUUGUUCCCUGCAAUCCAAUGUCUCGGUCUCUUGAUCGUUCCCGAAUCACCUCGUUGGCUGAUCUCUAAAGGUCGUGACCAAGAAGCUCUCGACGUUCUGGCCAGAUACCAUGCAAAUGGUGACAAAGAUGACGAGCUUGUUCAAUACGAAUUCCAAGAGAUUUGCCAGGCGAUUGAGAUGGAGAAGCAAGCUGCUAAAUCAACUGGCUGGUCGACAUUUUUUGCCACAAAGGGCAACAGACACCGCUUCUUGAUUUGUAUCUUGGUUGGUUUCAUGAUCCAAUGGGCUGGCAAUGGCAUCGUUUCUUACUAUCUCGCACCUAUUCUCAAGAGCGUCGGUAUCACCAGCUCUGUCACCCAAGCCGGCAUCAACUUGGCUCUGCAGUUCUGGAAUGCUGGUCUGUCCUUCGCCGGUGCACUCGCUGCCGAACGCUAUGGUCGUCGCCCACUCUGGCUACUCUCGGCUUCCGGUAUGCUGGUCUCCUUUAUCAUCGUCACAGCUCUCAGCGCUACUUUCGCCGAACACGGCAUUGCCGCUGCCGGAAGUGCAACCGUAGCUUUCCUCUUCAUCUUUUUCGGCUUCUACGACAUCGCAUUCACCCCACUCUCCAUCGCCUACCCUGUCGAGAUUCUGCCAUACAAUCUCCGCUCCAAAGGUCUUUCCGCCAAUCUCACCACUGUAUUCGCCGCCGGCUUCUUCAAUCAAUACGUCAACCCCAUUGCGUUGGAAGCUAUUGAAUGGAAGUUCUACUUUGUAUACAUCGCUACACUUGCCGCCAUGAUCCCGACCAUCUACUUCGUUUUCCCUGAGACCAAAGGAAGAACGUUGGAGGAGAUCUCUAUCGUUUUUGAUGGGGAAGAUGCGAGGACUGAUGUUUUCCGCCAGAACUCUGUUUCUGAUGAGAAAGGAGCGGAGGACAAAGAGUUUACGGCCAACAUUGAGUAUGUAAAGCAAGUCUGA